GAAGAGGAAACAGGUCUGGAGGGGCAGUGGCAGUCUGGCCUGGGGACUCUGCUCUCGGUCCGGGACUGGCAGCUCUAAAUGAGGCUAGGCCCGGCCCCGUUGCCAGCCUCGGCAGGUUGGGGUGCUUGGAGGCGCCUGGGAAGGGGGGCUUGGGUCUGAGGUCUCCUGUCUUUUGCCAGCUGAGCUGCAGAGUAGUGGGGACCCUGCCGUGGGAGGUGGAGAGCCAGCCACGGACGACUCUGUUUGAAACCGUAUAAGUGGUUGAUGCCUUCUUGGGGACAGAUCUCACGUGGACCAGCCAGCUUCCAAGAGGGUCACACGUCAGGAGCUCUCUCGGGGGAAGUUCAAGUGGGGCGUGCAUGAGGAAGAAGGGCGGGGGCCAGCUCCGGGACUCUGGGACUGUGUGUCCAGCCCCUGGUCAUGACACCGCGGGGGAAGCCGGGAGCCCCAGGUAUCUUUCUGAACCUGCUUCCUUGCCCAUAAAAGGUGGUGACGAGACUUUCUGAGCCCCUUCUACCUGACAUUGCUGCAUUAGGUGCGAGCCCUGGGUGGCAGCAGGUAUGGCCUGUGUCUCCCGCUGCAGAGCUCCUGCUCCCUGGAGGGAGUCGGGGGCUCUCUGAGCCGCACGGCCUCCUUCGGGAGUAGUGCUGUUGGAGGAGCGUUGGCCGGCCAUUUCCUGUGUGACAGCCGCUGUCUUCGGCGUAUGGCCCAUCUAACCCUGUGACAGUUCUGAGGAGGUGAGCACCAGGCCCGCUGAGCCUCUGCAGAGCUGCCAGCCAUGCCCGGGAUCGUGGUGUUCCGGCGGCGCUGGUCUGUGGGCAGUGAUGACCUCGUCCUGCCAGCCAUCUUCCUCUUCCUCCUGCACACCACCUGGUUUGUGAUCCUGUCUGUGGUGCUCUUCGGCCUGGUCUACAACCCCAACGAGGCCUGCUCCCUGAACCUGGUGGACCACGGCCGCGGCUACCUGGGCAUCCUGCUGAGCUGCAUGAUCGCCGAGAUGGCCAUCAUCUGGCUGAGCAUGCGCGGGGGCAUCCUCUACACGGAGCCCCGCGAAUCCAUGCAGUACGUGCUCUACGUGCGCCUGGCCAUCCUGGUGAUCGAGUUCAUCUACGCCAUCGUGGGCAUCGUCUGGCUCACUCAGUACUACACCUCCUGCAACGACCUCACUGCCAAGAACGUCACCCUCGGGAUGGUCGUCUGCAACUGGGUCGUCAUCCUCAGUGUCUGCAUCACUGUCCUCUGCGUCUUCGACCCCACGGGCCGCACGUUUGUCAAGCUGAGAGCCACCAAGAGACGGCAGCGCAACCUCCGGACCUACAACCUCCGGCACCGCUUAGAGGAGGGUCAGGCCACCAGCUGGUCACGCCGGCUCAAAGUGUUCCUCUGCUGCACUCGGACCAAGGACUCCCAGUCAGAUGCCUACUCAGAAAUCGCCUACCUCUUCGCCGAGUUUUUCCGCGACCUCGACAUCGUGCCCUCCGACAUCAUCGCUGGUCUGGUGCUGCUCCGGCAGCGGCAGCGGGCCAAGCGCAAUGCCGUGCUGGACGAGGCGAACAAUGACAUUUUGACCUUCCUGUCUGGGAUGCCAGUGACCAGAAACACCAAGUAUCUUGACCUCAAGAACUCGCAAGAGAUGCUCCGCUAUAAGGACGUCUGCUACUACAUGCUCUUCGCCCUGGCCGCCUACGGGUGGCCCAUGUACCUGAUGCGGAAACCGGCCUGUGGCCUCUGCCAGCUGGCACGGUCCUGCUCGUGCUGCCUGUGCCCCGCGCGGCCCCGCUUUGCCCCAGGAGUCACCAUCGAGGAGGACAACUGCUGUGGCUGCAACGCCAUUGCCAUCCGGCGCCACUUCCUGGACGAGAACAUGACCGCUGUGGACAUCGUAUACACAUCCUGCCACGACGCGGUCUAUGAGACCCCCUUCUACGUGGCCGUAGACCAUGACAAGAAGAAGGUGGUCAUCAGUAUCCGGGGAACCCUUUCCCCCAAGGAUGCCCUGACAGACCUGACUGGGGACGCCGAGCGCCUCCCCGUGGAGGGGCACCACGGCACCUGGCUGGGACACAAGGGAAUGGUCCUCUCGGCUGAAUACAUCAAGAAGAAGCUGGAGCAGGAGAUGGUCCUAUCCCAGGCCUUUGGGCGAGACCUGGGCCGAGGAACCAAACACUACGGCCUGAUUGUGGUGGGCCACUCCCUGGGUGCAGGCACAGCCGCCAUCCUCUCCUUCUUGCUGCGCCCCCAGUACCCUACCCUCAAGUGCUUUGCCUACUCCCCACCAGGCGGCCUGCUGAGCGAGGACGCCAUGGAGUACUCCAAGGAAUUUGUGACGGCUGUGGUUCUGGGCAAAGAUCUUGUCCCCAGGAUCGGCCUCUCCCAGCUGGAAGGCUUCCGCAGACAGCUCCUAGAUGUCCUACAGCGAAGCACCAAGCCCAAAUGGCGAAUUAUUGUGGGGGCCACCAAAUGUAUCCCCAAGUCGGAGCUGCCUGAGGAGGUCGAGGUGGCCACCCUCGCCAGCACACGGCUCUGGACCCACCCCAGCGACCUGACCAUCGCCCUGUCAGCCAGCACCCCUCUCUACCCACCCGGCCGCAUCAUCCAUGUGGUCCACAACCACCCAGCAGAGCAGUGCUGCUGCUGUGAGCAAGAGGAGCCCACGUACUUUGCCAUCUGGGGCGACAACAAGGCCUUCAACGAAGUGAUCAUCUCGCCGGCCAUGCUGCAUGAGCACCUCCCCUAUGUGGUCAUGGAGGGGCUCAACAAGGUGCUGGAGAACUACAACAAGGGGAAGACGGCCCUGCUCUCUGCUGCUAAGGUCAUGGUGAGCCCCACCGAGGUGGACUUGACUCCCGAGCUCAUCUUCCAACAGCAGCCGCUGCCCACGGGACCACCCAUGCCCGCCGGCCUCGCCCUGGAGCUGCCCGCCCCGGACCACCACAACAGCGUCAGGAGCAAGUCCCAGUCUGAGAUGAGCCUGGAGGGCUUUUCGGAGGGGCGGCUGCUGUCGCCGGUGGUGGCGGCCACGGCGGCCCGCCAGGACCCCGUGGAGCUGCUGCUGCUGUCCACCCAGGAGCGGCUGGCAGCGGAGCUGCAGGCCCGGCGGGCGCCGCUGGCCACCAUGGAGAGCCUGUCGGACACCGAGUCCCUGUACAGCUUCGACUCCCGGCGCUCGUCGGGCUUCCGCAGCAUCCGCGGCUCACCCAGCCUCCGCGCCGUGCUGGAGCGGGACGAGGGCCAUCUCUUCUACAUUGACCCCGCCAUCCCGGAGGAGAACCCGUCCCUGAGUUCGCGCACCGAGCUGCUGGCGGCCGACAGCCUGUCCAAGCACUCUCAGGACACGCAGCCCCUGGAGGCGGCCCUGGGCAGCGGGGGCGUCACCCCCGAGCGGCCCCCCAGUGCCACAGCCAACGAGGACGAGGAGGAGGGGAGUGGCGGCGGCGGUGGGGGGGCGGCCCCAGUGGGAGAGCUGGCCCUGCACGACGGGCGCCUGGGGGACUCGCCCAGCCCUCAGGUGCUGGAGUUCGCCGAGUUCAUCGACAGCCUCUUCAACCUGGACAGUAAGAGCAGCUCCUUCCAGGACCUCUACUGCAUGGUGGUGCCCGAGAGCCCCACCAGCGACUAUGCCGAGGGCCCCAAGUCCCCCAGCCAGCAAGAGAUCCUGCUCCGCGCCCAGUUUGAGCCCAACCUGGUGCCCAAGCCCCCAAGGCUCUUCGCCGGCUCAGCUGACCCCUCCUCGGGGAUCUCGCUCUCGCCCUCCUUCCCGCUCAGCUCCUCGGGCGAGCUCAUGGACCUGACACCCACGGGUCUUGGCAGCCAGGAGUGCCUGGCAGCGGACAAGAUCCGGACUUCUACCCCCACCGGCCAUGGGGCCAGCCCGGCCAAGCAGGACGACCUGGUCAUCUCAGCGCGCUAGCACCCCAGGAGUGGCUGCCGGCUGAGGCCCAGGCCGGAGCAGGUGGCCCCUCGGGCUCCUGGUGGCUGCCCCCAGGGCCAGGCCGCUUUGAGGAGAGGCCCCCACCGAGGGGCCAGUUCAGCCUCAGGCAUGGGGCACUACUGCUGAGCUGGGGGUCCCCAGCCCUACCUCAGCUUAGGAAAACCACUGGGUGGCCGGGUGGCCGGGAUCUAUGUCCUCUAGAUGGGGGAGGGGUGUGAAGCAGGGAGGAGCCUGGGGCAGCCUGCCAGGUGGGGAGGGCAGCACUGCACCCUCUCAGCCUGACUGUCCCCCGCAGGACGGGUAGUGGGCGUGCGGACUCCCCAGCACAGCCCUCUGGCUGCUCUCCCAGGGCCGAGAUGGAGAGCAGCCCUCUCCCCACAUACUCACAUCUGUGGUCCAGGCUGCCAUCUGCCCUGGCCACCCCCCAGAUCUGGUGCCUGCCGGCCAGCCCCCUGGGGUGACCCCACACCAAGGUGGCCCACAGCCGCUGCGUGUGUUUACAGAUGCCGCUGGGCUGGGCUCGGGAUGUUUCCUGGGCUUCCAAGCCCCCCUCCCCGGCCCCAUCAUGUGUUCGGAGCAGGGAUGGGAGGGGGCCCGUCUCCACAGAGCCCAAGGCAGCCACGGGCCUGGAGGGGGCCUGGACGGGCCGGGAGGAGGGUGGGGUCAAGACCACCCCUUCUCUGCUUGGUGCCCCUCAUACCGAUCCCUUGGCAGUGGGUCCUGGGCACCCUGGCCUGCCCCAUCUGCCUGUUUCUUCCUAGCUUGCCUUCUACCCCCAGGGAUCCUGGCCACUCGAAGGGCAGAAUGCACGGAUGUGACCACCCCUGGCUGCAGUCAGUGCCCUGGGAAGGAGGACACCCAAAUCCCCCUUCCUUUGAGGGCCCCACAUAACCCCUUUAUAUCACCUCACUCGCACACCUAGGCAGCCUCUCGGAGGGGCCCUGGGAUCUGAAACCAAACAUGCCUCAGCUCCCCUCAGCUCCCCCUCCUCACUGGCCUGAGCGCUCUCCUGGCAGCGGGCCUCUCUUCCCUCCUACCCACAAUGUCCUGUUGGCAGGAAGUGGAACCUAGCGUGGGGUAUUGGGGGACCCAGCUAAAGGGGGAGCAGGAGGGCCAGGGGCUCUGGGGCUUUCCCCGUUUACCCAGUCCACAGCGGGAGGGGAUCCUUCCCUGCCAGGCGGGG